UUCAGAAUUUUGCUUCGAAAGGGUUACCGCCUAGCCGAAAAAAAAGUACUACUUUCAAAUAACACCUUUGAAACCCGUAAUCUCUUCAGUAAAUCCGUGAAAAUGGCUUCUGUCCGCACCAUGAACGACUACCACAAGAGGAUCGAGGCGGCGGACGACAAGCUGAUUGUCCUCGAUUUCUACGCCACAUGGUGCGGUCCCUGCAAGGAUAUGGAGAGUACGGUGAAGUCGUUGGCCAGGAAGUACUCCACCAAGGCCGUGGUCCUCAAGAUCGACGUGGACAAGUUCGAGGAGCUGACGGAGCGCUACAAGGUGCGCAGCAUGCCCACCUUUGUGUUCCUGAAGAACAACCGUCGUGUGGCCGCUUUUUCCGGCGCUGAUGAGUACAAACUGACCAACAUGAUGGCCAAGUUGGUAAAAGCCUAGAAAAAAUGAUAAAAACCCAGUGAUAAAUCGUUCGGAGCAGGACUCUACACCUAUAGAUUUUAACCCAUGUUCAAAGUGUUCUUUUUUGUACUUGUCUUAACUCAACUAUUAUAUAUGAUGUAUAGCUCGUAAGCGAUGUGGGAGUAGGAGAUGCGCGUGUGGUCAUAAAAUCAGAGAAAAGCAGAAAUCUUGGGUAAAACCCGAAAAUCAAAAAAAAAAAUGAAACGAAAAAAACCUAACCUCAAUCUUCAUAAAAACCAUUUUGUAUAUGUAUGUUAUAGUGCGUGGAGGCGUGUCUGCGACAUAACCUCUUAGGUCUGAGAAUUGUAUUCUGUUUUAAAAUCAACUCGAAAUGCCAUUUUGGACAAACAAAUUAGCUUUAAGGUUAGGCACUUAGCAAUUCGAUCAAUAAAUUGUAACCACUCUGACUAUAAUUAA